GGCGGCGGCUCCCACCUGGCGCCGCACCUGGAGCGCCGCGCUCCGGGGCGGCGGGGAGAAUGUGCGCCUUCCGCAGCCGCCGCACCCGCACCUGACCAUGGAGUGCGCCCUCCUGCUCGCGUGCGCCCUCCCCGCCGCCGGCUCGGGCCCGCCGUGGGCUUCGGCGGGACUGGGGCGCGUGGCCAAGGCGCUCCAGCUGUGCUGCCUCUGCUGUGCGUCGGUCUCCUCGGUCUUAGCCAGUGACAGCAGCGGCGGCGGCAGCGGAUUAAACGACGAUUACGUCUUUGUCACACCGGUAGAAGUGGACGCGGGCGGGUCAUACAUUUCCCACGACAUUUUGCGCGGCGGCAGGAGAAAGCGAUCUGCGCUGGGUGCCGGCAGCUCCCUGCAUUACCGGUUUUCAGCGUUUGGACGGGAACUCCACUUAGAACUUAAGCCCUCGGCGAUUUUGAGCAGUCACUUUAUUGUCCAGGUACUUGGCAAAGAUGGUGCUUCAGAGACUCGGGGACCCAGGGUGCAGCAAUGUUUCUAUCAGGGAUUUAUCCGAAACGACAGCUCCUCCUCCGUCGCCGUGUCGACUUGUGCUGGCUUGUCAGGUCUGAUAAGGACACGAAGGAAUGAAUUCCUCAUCUCGCCAUUACCUCAGCUGCUGGCCCAGGAACACAACUACAGCUCACCUGCCGGCCACCACCCUCACGUACUGUACAAACGGACCGCUGAGGAGACGGUCCAGCGUUACCAUGGCUACCCGGGCUCCAGCCAGAAUUAUCCGGGUCACUCCCCAAGACACACUCCCCACACGUAUCUGAGUCAAGAAAGAGAGCAUCACCAUCGAAGGUUGCAAAAGCAGCAUUUUUGUGGACGACGCAAGAAAUAUGCCCCAAAGCCUCCCACAGAGGACACCUAUCUCAGGUUCGAUGAAUACGGGAGCACAGGGCGUCCCAGAAGGUCAGCUGGAAAGUCACAAAAGGGCCUAAACGUGGAGACCCUCGUGGUAGCAGACAAGAAAAUGGUGGACAAGCACGGCAAGGCCAACGUCACCACGUACAUCCUCACAGUCAUGAACAUGGUCUCCAGCCUGUUUAAAGACGGGACCAUCGGAAGCGAUAUAAACAUCGUGGUGGUGAGCCUCAUUCUCCUGGAGCAAGAGCCUGGAGGGUUAUCGAUCAACCAUCACGCAGACCAGUCUCUGAAUAGCUUUUGUCAGUGGCAGUCGGCCCUCGUUGGGAAGAAUGGCAAGAGGCAUGACCACGCCAUCUUACUCACAGGAUUUGACAUUUGUUCCUGGAAGAAUGAACCAUGUGACACUUUAGGGUUCGCCCCCAUCAGCGGGAUGUGCAGUAAGUACCGAAGCUGCACCAUCAACGAAGACACGGGGCUUGGCCUGGCCUUCACCAUCGCUCACGAGUCAGGGCACAACUUUGGCAUGAUUCACGAUGGAGAAGGCAACCCCUGCAGGAAGGCCGAGGGCAACAUCAUGUCUCCCACGCUGACUGGAAACAACGGGGUGUUUUCAUGGUCUUCGUGCAGCCGGCAGUAUCUCAAGAAAUUCCUCAGUACACCACAGGCUGGGUGUCUGGUGGAUGAGCCCAAGCAAACAGGACAGUAUAAAUAUCCGGACAAACUGCCAGGACAGAUUUAUGAUGCUGACACACAGUGCAAGUGGCAAUUUGGAGCAAAAGCCAAGUUAUGCAGCCUUGGUUUUGUGAAGGACAUUUGCAAGUCACUUUGGUGCCAUCGAGUGGGCCACAGGUGUGAGACCAAGUUUAUGCCUGCAGCGGAAGGGACCGUUUGUGGCUUGAGUAUGUGGUGCCGGCAAGGCCAGUGUGUGAAGUUCGGGGAGCACGGGCCCCGGCCUGUCCACGGCCAGUGGUCUGCCUGGUCCAAGUGGUCGGAGUGUUCCCGCACUUGUGGUGGAGGAGUCAAGUACCAGGAGAGACACUGCAACAACCCCAAGCCUCAAUAUGGCGGCAAGUUCUGUCCGGGUUCUAGCCGCAUUUAUCAGUUGUGCAAUGUUAACCCUUGUCAUGAAAACAGCUUGGAUUUUCGAGCCCAGCAGUGUGCAGAAUAUAACAGCAAGCCGUUCCGUGGGUGGUUCUACCAGUGGAAACCCUACACGAAAGUGGAAGAGGAAGACCGAUGUAGACUAUACUGCAAGGCUGAGAACUUCGAAUUUUUUUUUGCAAUGUCCAGCAAGGUGAAAGACGGAACUCCUUGCUCCCCAAACAAAAAUGAUGUUUGUAUUGAUGGGAUUUGUGAACCAGUGGGAUGCGAUCAUGAACUUGGGUCUAAAGCAGUUUCUGAUGCCUGUGGUGUUUGCAAAGGUGAUAAUUCGACUUGCAAGUUUUAUAAAGGCCUGUACCUCAACCAGCAUAAAGCAAAUGAGUACUAUCCGGUAGUCACCAUUCCGGCGGGGGCCCGGAGCAUCGAAGUCCAGGAACUGCAGAUGUCCUCCAGUUACCUCGCGGUCCGAAGCCUCCAUCAGAAGUACUACCUAACGGGGGGCUGGAGCAUCGACUGGCCUGGGGAGUUCCUCUUCGCGGGGACCGUGUUUGAGUACCAGCGUGCCUUUAACCGCCCCGAACGUCUGUACACUCCGGGACCCACUAAUGAGACGCUGGUCUUUGAAGUUCUGAUGCAAGGCAAAAACCCGGGGAUAGCUUGGAAGUACGCCCUGCCCAAGGCCGUGAAUGGGACGCAGCCGGCCACGAAAAGACACGCCCACGCCUGGAGCACAGUGCGGUCCGCGUGCUCUGCCUCCUGCGGGGGAGGUUACAUAAGUGUAAAGGCCAUUUGCUUACGAGAUCAAAAUACUCAAGUCAAUUCCUCAUUCUGCAAUGCAAGAACCAAGCCAGCAACUGAACCCAAAGUAUGCAAUGCCUUCUCCUGCCCUGCCUACUGGAAGCCGGGCGAGUGGAGUGUGUGCAGCCGGCCGUGUGCAGGGGGCCAGCAGAGCCGGAAAAUCCAGUGUGUCCAGAAGCAGCCCUUCCUGAAGGAGGCGGCCGUGCUGCACUCGCUCUGCCCGGUGAGCACGCCCACCCAAGUGCAAGCCUGCAACAGCCACGCCUGCCCCCCAGAGUGGGUCUCCGGGCCCUGGUCCCAGUGUUCCAAGACCUGUGGGCGAGGCGUGAGGAAACGGGCGGUGCUGUGCAGAGGCGCCUCCGCGGCCGAGGGCCUUCCGGACAGCCGCUGCGCCCACACCCCCAGGCCGGAGUCGCAGGAGGGCUGCGUCCUGGGUCGGUGCCCGAAGAACAGCCGGCUGCAGUGGGCCGCCUCCUCCUGGAGUGAGUGUUCCGCGACCUGUGGUUUAGGAGUGAGGAAGAGGGAGAUGAAGUGCAGCGAGAAGACCUUCCAGGGAAAGCUGAUAACCUUCCCAGAGCGAAGGUGCCGCAACAUUAAGAGGCCAAACCUGGACUUGGAAGAAACCUGCAACCGAGGGGCCUGUCCGGGGUACAGUGUGGCAGCUGGAUGGUAUUCAUCGCCAUGGCAACAGUGCUCCGUGACCUGUGGAGGCGGGGUCCAGACCCGGUCCGUGCACUGUGUGCAGCAGGGCCGGCCUUCUGCCAGUUGUCUGCUCCGACAGAAACCUCCAGCGAUGCGAGCCUGUAACACCAACUUCUGCCCAGCUCCUGAAAAGAGAGAGGAUCCAGCCUGUGUGGAUUUCUUCGGCUGGUGUCAUCUAGUCCCUCAACACGGUGUCUGCAACCACAAAUUCUACGGCAAGCAGUGCUGUAAGUCCUGCACGAGGAAGAGCUGACACCACCCGGGCUCACCUUCCAGGUCCAGGACUGCUGACGGCCGCGGCAGCUCACCAGUGGUCUGCAGCGUUGAGGGGCCAGCUCCGAAGAACAGGUGGGCUUCUCUUCCAGUUCCCCCGAGCACAUGGUACUCUGAAGCACUUGAAAAUGGGAAGCGACGACAAAUCUGACAGAGAACAAAUGAAAACAGUGUGGAUUUGCACUGUGUGCAUGGAAGCAGUGAUGAGUCACCCUGAGACAGGUCAACUUUUAGUUUUGUCCAAGUGAGAAUCCGGCCACCUUUGGACACACUCCCCUUGGAAUCUGAAAGUUACGACUUCAGGUCAUAGGCUGAGAGCUGGAGGAAUCAGACACGGACGGGACGUUUACUUGGAGCUCAUGGCAGGGCUUGCCGCUGGACUGGCAAGCGUCACGUUAUGUUCAUGUAGUGUGCGAGUGUGUUUAUCAUUUUGUUUAAAGUGUAUUCUGCUUAGAGAGAGUCUUCAAGACUAAAAUUCACAACUUGAAAAGGAUUAUUCUAAAAACACAGCAACACGGACUAUUUAAGAUUGCUGUUUAGUUGAAAUUCACCCUCUGGGGAUAAAAAAAAAAAGCUCAUAAGAAGGGUGAAUAUUAACGCCCCGCACAUGAUAUCAACCUCGUAACUUUUGGUGCUAGACAGGAUCUUCUAGUCUGCUCUUUGGGAAUCAGAAUUGGUGAAAUGUUUAUUUCUGGUAAAAAUCUAGGAAGAGUUAAAUAGCAGUGUGCUGAAGGAGAGGAGACCAUUAUUUGUAAUGCUCCCUACUUAUUAUCAUAGCUGCUUGGAAAAUUAAAGGCCACUUGUGGGCUUUUUUCCUACCAACUGACAUGUUUAAAUUUGCCCUAGGAUUUAGUUUACAAGAAAAAAGUCAUAGUGGCAGUAGCAAAAUCCAUCUGUCUUCUUGCUACAUUAAUACUAAUAAAUCAUAAUAUGGCAAAACCGUUCAGUGAAUGAGUAUUUUCCAAUCUUUCAGAUGAUAUUUUCAGUCUUCAAAAGCCCGCUGUCGGUUGGCACUAAUGAGCUUAAAAUUGUCCUCAAUUGCAAAAACACCACACUAAUUUGCCAAAACCAGAGUAACUUACAAGACUGAGUCCUCCUGUAAUUUUUGGAGCUGUGGUCAUAAAGGAUGUAUUUAUAUAAAUUCUACUCUAUUCCUCAAGUUUUUGAUGAAUGUAACCCAGUUUUACGGCUUUAAAAAGUUUGAUUCAAACAGGGGUUUGCCAGCUCAGCACAACCGACCGAGGAGACGGCGGUCUGUUAAACUCGGGGUGUCCUUUGUCCCCUCUCAAACUUCCGAUGGGUAAUUAGGAUACUGUCUCAGCUCUCUUGGCCUAGAGUAGUGGUCAUUUUAUCACCAGAAAAACGAUUUAUACAUCACCACCCUUGAAAAAUUACAAGUUAUUUGUUUCUUUAUAUAAUUAUCAUUUUAUUAUUUUAUGGAGAAAUUAAUUUAUUAAUAGCCUAUUGUUAUGUGUUCUCACUUGCUUCUCUGAGUGAUAUUA